AAAACGUUCGAACAUUUUAUAACUGAACUGAAGCUACUUGUCAAAAAUUGCGGUUACCCCAACAGUGACGAAAUGGUCAGGGACCACAUUGUGUUCGCCACGAACUCCCCACGCGUCCGCGAAAAGCUGUUAAGCCAGGGAGCCAAACUGACAUUAGACAAGGCGAUAGAUAUCGCCCGUUCCCACGAGCUAGCACAAAUACAAUUAAAGGAGAUGACCGGAUCAAAAGACGCCCCCAAAAUUGAUGCUGUGAACGCAACAAAAAGACAAAAUGCUCACAUAUACACAAAAACAAAAGACCAUGUACUAAUACACAGAGAAUGUGACAGGUGUGCAGGCUCACACAGUCCAAGAGAUGCAUGUCCAGCAAGAGGCAAACAGUGUAUUAAAUGCAAAAAGUAUAACCAUUUUGCAAAAGCCUGCAAAACCAAGAAUACCGCUCCAACAAAGUCUCAGAGGAGACCCGUGCAAGCUUUAGUGAAAAAUAAUGAAGAGGAGCAGUGCGAAUUGUAUAUUGACAGUAUUACAACUGUAAAUGCAAACAAAAACAAUGUACAGGCUUAUCCAGACAUUAAAGUUGGACCUAGCCAGCAAACAAUCAGGUUCAAAAUGGACUUGGGUGCGGAAAUUAAUGGCAUACCAAAUAACACCUUUAAUGCAUUAUUCAAAAGAGUGCCCGUAGCACCAUCCACACAAUCUAUUACAGCCUAUGGAGGCAACGCAUUGGAAGUCCGAGGCACCUGCAUGCUAGAAUGUAAGCAUGACGACCGCUCAGUGCUACUAGAGUUCCACAUUGUUAAGGUCAGAGCACCACCCAUCUUAGGUUUAAGUGCUAGUUUAGACCUAAACCUCAUUAAAUUAGUAAUGGGAGUAAGUAAAGAGCAAACAAAAAUAGACAAUAACUCUAAAACCAUGCUAAAGGAAUAUGCAGAUGUUUUUCAGGGCAUUGGAGAAUUUGUUGGAGAAUGCACAUUCCGGGUCAACCCACACCCAACGCCAGUGGUCUACCCUCCACGCAGAGUCCCCAUCGCGCUACGAGCCCGGCUAAAAGAGGAGCUUGACAGAAUGGAAGACAAUAACAUCAUUGUCAAGGUAUAGGUUCCUCCGACUGCCCUUUGGGAUUAAUUCGGCACAGGAUGAAUUUCAGAGACGUGUGAAUGAAACGUACAAAGGCCUCAAAGGUGUUGCUGCCAUAGUCGAUGACAUCCUUGUAUAUGGCAGGGACAAAGAGGAACACGACAUCAACCUUCAGCGCACGAGAGAGAGAGGGCUAAAACUAAACCCUGACAAAUGCUGUGUCGGCAUCCAAGAGGUCAGCUAUUUCGGCCACAGGCUCUCAAGUGAAGGUAUUAGUCCAGACCCACAAAAGGUAAAAGCCAUACAAGAGAUGCAGCCACCACAGUCCAAGCCUGAAUUAGAAACCAUACUCGGCAUGGUCAAUUACCUGGCCAGAUUCACACCGCACCUUUCAGAGGUAAACGCACCACUCAGACAACUUCUAAAACAAGACUGUGAGUUCAUGUGGGACACUGUUCACGACAGAGCGUUCAAGCAGAUCAAAGAACUGAUCACAAAUCACCCAGUAUUGACUUACUUUGACCCACAAAUGGAACUCACAUUGCAAGUAGAUGCCUCAAAAAGUGGCCUAGGCGCAGUUCUACUUCAACACGAUAAACCUGUUGCCUAUGCAUCCAAGUCACUGAACAGUACAGAACAGAAUUAUGCCCAAAUAGAGAAGGAGUUGUACGC